UACAGGAAUGAAUAUCUUUUUAUAAGAGGUAUCAAUAAGGCAUGUUGGGAAUUUGUAAAGUUAAUAAAAGAAAACGAAGAAUUUUAUAAUGGCUCUAAAGCUCUUAGGAUUAUAAGGAAAAUAAAAAAAUUAAGAAGAUUAGGUUAUUUUAAAAAUAUUAAUAGAAUAGAAUUUGAAUUUGAUGUUGAAGAUAUAAAAUUUAUACGUUCAGCAAUAGAAGAAUAUAAAGAUUUAUAUUGUGAUCCAUUUACUGGUGAUUUAAAUGAGGAACUAUAUAAUAUUGAAGCAGAAGUAGAUAAUCCUGGUUUUAAAAGUUUUUAUAAACAUUUUUGUAGAUUUUACGAUAAAUUAGAAAUAGAUUAUUUAGAUAAUUAUUAUUAUUAUAUAUAAAUGGGAUUAGAGUACUAUGAGUAAAGUUUUAGUCUUUUAACAAUGUUUGUUACAAGACUUAUUAUUUUGGUCUAACACCAAGUUUCCACAGCCUUAUAGCAAUUUUGUUUUUAAAUAAAUUAUAGUUUAAAUAAUAAAAAGUUGAUAUAAAAGAUGGAAGAGUUACUUAAAAAAUUAGAAGAAGAAGGUUGUACAAUUGAAUGUGGACGGAAAGAAAAACAAAGAAAAAAAGAAAUGAGUGAAGCAAUGAAAAAAAUUAAAAGAGAGUGGUGAUGAGAAUAAGAUUAUGCGUGCAAAAAGAUUAGCUGGGUAUUAUAGUUUUUUUAAUAAUAUGGGACCUAUAACAACAUGUCCUAAUUUUCCCUUUGAAGAAGAUAAGUAUGGGUUGCAUUAUGUUCAUGUUUAUUUAGAGAAUUUUGUUGAUUCGGCAAAGAGGAGUAUUGCUGGUGUGAUGACAGCUCUUGCGAAUGAUGAGCCACUAGAUCCUUUUUAUAAAUAUCUUAUGUUUACUCAUCUUUAUUCUCCAGAGCAAAUAGCUGAAAUUGAUCGUGAAGAAUUAUGGAGAGAACAACAAAGGAUUGAAAAAAGAGAUUGUUUAUGACUAAAAAUUAGUAUGAAAGUGAGGUGUAUAAUAACAUUAGGGAAAUCCCCAUUUGAUGAGUUGUGUGUAAUUAGGGGAUUUCCCAACAAAAAUAAUCUAAUCAAAUAAUAAAAUGGAAUCCAAAAACGAUAUUCCUACACAAGAAGAUUUAGAUUUUAGAGUUGAUGAUGGUUACAAUCAUGAUGAAGACCCAACAUAUGAGCCUAAAGAUUCUUAUUCAUCAGAUGAAGAUAAAUAUGUUGUUACAGGUAAAGAGUUUAAAAAACUAACCAAAAAAGCUAAAAAACUCGGUGCUGAUUCGCUUGAUUAUUCAACACGUAAAAAUAACAAGUAUAUGGCAACACUUCCAAGUGGAAAGAAAAUUCAUUUCGGGUCAUCACAGUAUCCAGACUAUCUUAUCCAUAAAGACAAAGAUCGAAAAGAGAGGUAUCUCGCUCGAGCUAAAAAGAUUAAAAACAAACAGGGAGAGUUAACUUAUACUAAUCCUGAAUCGAGUAAUUUCUGGAGCGUGAAUCUACUCUGGCCAGAAAAAUAAUUUAAAGAUACCUAGGUAUUAUAUAAAAAAUGGAAGAUUCAAUAGUUUCGAAGCAUUAUGUGGAUAAAAUAAAAUCAGGUUUUUAUCUUGACAAAAUUAAUAUUGAUGGUAAAUUUGAAAUUUGGGAAAAGAAGAAAAAUGUUUAGUAUUACUUUGUUGUAAUGGUAAAUCAGAUGAUGGUAGUGAUGGUCUUGCUGUUCGUUUACCACUUCCUCUUAGAUUUGAUGAAGAAUGGUUUAAGAAAUAUAAAGAAUUAAAUUUAAAUAGAGGGAGUUUUAUUUCUUAUUAUCUUGAUGGAUAUUUAAAAAGUGAUUUAAAGAAAUAAGAAUAUAUAAUAAAAUGCAGUUAUCCGGUUACGAUCAUUUAACACCAGAGAAUAUUGUUUUUAAUGAAGCUAAAGAGUACAAAGUGAAAGAUGGCAAGAUCAAAUACAAACGUAUCCCAAUUGAAGUCAAAUAUCCAAAUGGAAAGAAAGGAGCUUUGGUAAUCGAAACUCCACUUCUUUUUUCUUUUGGGGUAAAUGAGAAGAAAAACCAAGAAACAAACAAGUUAGUAGGUUAUAGUAUGCCAGUAUGUCUUUGGGCUAAAGAUAAUGAGCCAGAUACUAAAGAAAAAGCAUUUUUUGACGCUAUUAACAAUGUGAUAGAUAUCUCUCAGCAACAUCUAGAGAAUGAAUACGGUGCAGAUCUAGCAUCAACUCUAUCUUCACCAUUUUAUUACAAACAGGAAGAAUAUACAGAUAAGAAAGGAAAGAAGAAAACAAGAAUAGACCCCUCAUCCGCACCAGUUCUUUACGCAAAACUGAUUUACUCAGAAAAAUCUAAGAAAAUUCUUUCACUAUUUAAAACAAAGGGAAAGAAAGAUUUAAAUCCUUUUAGAUAUAUUGACCAAUAUUGUAAUGUUAAAAUGGCUUUGAUUAUUGAAGGAAUAUUUAUUAGUAAGACUGUAACAUCUUUACAAAUAAAAGUACAUGAGUGCUUUGUCAAACCAUUAAAGCCUAGGGAGUCUUUACUAACAAUUGAAGAGGAAGAGGAAGAGGCUACUGAGCAAGUAGUUGAAGACUUAGUUAUCUCUGAUAAAGAAGAAACUGAGUAA